UAGCUGAAACUCGAUAUUUUAUCGCACAAAACAAAAUCUUCCAUAAACUUCCACUUGUAAAGAUUUUGUUUUGGAAAUGACAGCCGGAAACGUUGCGUGGGAUGAAACUUGAUCCUAAUCAAAGAGCAGGGGAACAGUGGACAUACACUGUUCUAACUGUAAUACAUUUCAAGCCUGGUUUGUAGCAUCCAACUAGGAAUGGCUGUCUAGUAAUGAGGACAGUCGGCUGUGGAAGCCAUCGUUGCCGCUGUCGUCCCGCCGUGCCUUUGUGAGCUCUGACUGGCCGAGACCCUCCGCCAUGGCCUCAGCGUUACCCCGCUGCACAUCUGUCAGACUCCCCGCUGUGGCCACUGUCGUCUUGCUCCUGAUGUCGUUGAGCACUGUACGGUCCUCUCAAGGCGACAAGGAGCCGGUUUAUCGAGACUGUGUUAAACAAUGUGUCCGGACCAACUGUACCGGAGCUCGGCUAAGGGGCUUUCAGUCCUCCCAGCCGCAGUACAUGGCGCUGACAGGUUGGACAUGUCGUGAUGACUGUCGCUAUCAAUGCAUGUGGACUACCGUGGGGCUCUACCAGGCCGAGGGGUACAGGGUCCCACAGUUCCACGGCAAGUGGCCGUUUGCACGCUUCCUGUGUUUCGAGGAGCCAGCUUCUGCCCUGGCCUCUCUACUCAAUGGCUUGGCUUGCCUUCUCAUGCUGCUGCGGUAUCGGAGCAUGGUGCCACGCCAGAGCCCCAUGUACCAUACCAUCAACGCCUUCUCUCUGGUAUCUCUUAAUGCCUGGUUCUGGUCCACAGUGUUUCAUACCCGGGACACCUAUCUCACUGAGAAAAUGGACUAUUUCUGUGCAACAGCUGUCAUUCUUUACUCAAUCUACCUAUGCUGUGUCAGAACAUUGGGUCUGAGGCGACCUGGGGUGUCCAGCAUGGUGGGAGUCCUGCUCAUCCUGGCCUUUACGUCGCAUGUGUCCUACUUGACCUUUGUCAGUUUCGACUACGGCUACAAUAUGGCUGCUAACGCCACCAUCGGCAUGGUGAACCUCCUGUGGUGGCUGUGUUGGUGCUGGCAGAACCGGCGGACCUUGCCGUACUGGUGGAAGUGCGGUCUGGUGGUGCUGCUGCUUCAUGGUCUGGCCCUGCUGGAGCUGCUGGACUUCCCCCCGAUGCUCUGGAUUCUAGAUGCACACGCUGUGUGGCACCUCAGCACCGUACCAGUCCACUUCCUUUUCUACAGUUUCCUGAUAGACGACAGCCUCUACCUUCUAAACACAGAGAAGAUGGGUGUCAAGGUCGAGUAGGAGGAACUCAUUGCCUCUUCACCUACACCCUCGCACCUCUCCAAUCAGGGCAGCCGGACACCCAAACACGGAAGUAGCUCAGCCUCCCACAUGACAUGUGUGACACCACUAUGACGUCUAUCAAAGUAGACAUUGUUUACAUUUUUUUUUGUUUUUAUUUUUUGUAUUUUCUUCCAGGUAAUUUUGCUCUUCUUUUAGAUUUAUCAUGAUUGAUGCCUGCUGUGCUUAACUUUGCCUUGUACUGAUAUGUGCUCUUCCGGUUCUGUUGCCAUUUGUCAUAACUGCAAAAGAGGAUGAAGGAAAAAGUAUUUUACUACAGCAGACCCAUUUUUUGACAUCCAAAUAGGAUGCAUAUCCUGUUUCUUCAGAAAUUGAUCCCCUGAACCCAUGAUUUGACUCACACCAGCUCCUUGGAAGUCCAAUAUACUCGGCUCAGGGUAAUUUGCUGUGGCUGACAAUAGAUGGCACCAAAUCCCUUUGCCAAGGCAUCAUCACCUACUUUGUUUGGUGCAGCAUGUGUCGGGUUCUGUCUAUGCCAAAAGUGGACUGGCAGAUACAGAGAGGUGCCCCUUGUGAAGGGGAAGCAAGAGGGGCUGCUAGCAGAUUGUUCCAGAGAGAGAGGGGGGAGGGGGUUUAUGUUUAGAGGCCAUUCUAGCUGACUGUGUUUUUUUUUCUUUUCUCACCAUCACACCUUUAUUUUUGUGCCUCUGUUGUUUCCACUGCUGCUUUUGUUUCUCUUCUUUAUAUUGUCAGACUUCCAUUUUCAUUUGCUGCUUUCGUUGUUUUCGUCCUUUUGUUAUUGUCUACCAAUUUGUGCUUUAUUCUGUUGACAGCUUUCUUUUGAUUAUUUGAGUUUGAAUUUGGGUGGGACAUGCCUGAUGGUUAUAAAAUGCAAUUUUUUUUUAUUUUUAAUCACCUGGAUUGCCUUUUAGUGUGAGGAAAAGGAGAAAAUGACUGAGAUGGGAAAAAUAAAGUGCAACGGGAAGCUGCAGUCAGAGGACCCAAAGUUUCUAAUAAAUUCUGGAGUUAGGUGGUGUGUGUGAAUGAGUGUUCAGAUGUCCGUUUAAUGCCCAUUAUUUGAAUUUGGUUGCAUUUCUUGUCGUAAUAUCCCCCAGAGUGGCACUCACCCACUUCAAGUAACUGCCCCUUCAUGUAAAAUAUUCCAUUUGUUUCACUCCAUGUCUGCCUUACAAACUGUAUGAUCAGGUUGAUGAACAGUUGGCACCAAAACUCUUGAAGUCAUACCAUGUAUGUCUUCAUCCCUCAGAGUUUCCCUUCCAUAUGUGCACUUUACAUGUGACUGUAUGUUUACAAGCCUUUUUUUUUUCUUUGCUUGAAAUCCUGCCCAUGCCUUUGUUUUCUGUGUGAGCGUGUGAACAAUGAACAGUAUGUGUGUACACACUGCCUUGACUUGACAGUUUGUUGGGGUUUUUUUUGCCUUCGUAAACGGAAUCGCUGUGUGUGAGAGCUAAAUUGUUCUUGAUCCUUUGUAUGUGUGUUGGAGGUUUGCUGUGUGAAUGUGUGUGAGAUGAUGGGUAAAUUUAGCUUUGCUGACAGCCUGUGAUUGGGGUGGGGGAAGACCGAGGAUGAAAGACAUAGAGACAGUGUAAUAGUGUAUUUCAGAUUCCUGAAAUAGUGGCAGAGACGUUGGCCUUAGGAGAUGAGAGACAUCAUGUUUUCCAUAUGCUAUUUGUGAUGGACCAAAAUUGAUCAAAUUCUCAGAUGUAGUAUGUAGUUAUUAAGCACUGACAUUCAAGAAAUGAUGUCUGCAGCUCAACUGUGACAGUAUAUACAUAUAAAAAACCAAAAAAUAACUACUCAUUUGAACAAAAUCUAAUUUCAGCUUAUCACAAAAUCACAGCAAUUUCAGAGUUGAAAUGAUUUUUUUCUACUGAUAGGAAACAUUUGACUGGUGUCUGUUUUAAUAAGUUGAAGAUAUCCCAAGAGAUUAACAUUAAACAAACUUCAUGGUCUUUGCUCUGUAAAUUAUUUCAUUGCUCACUUCCUUCUUCCUUGCUAAUAACCUCCCCACCUCCCCACUCAUUUGCUGCCCCCUGCCUGCUGCCCUGUGCACUUUCCUCCACCUCACAUAUUUGACCAAAAAAAUCUGAAGAAAGAAAUGAAUCAAAUAAAAGUGUUCUUCUAAGG